AUGAUACGGGAUGUAUCCACCUCAACACUUGGACGCGAGGAGGAACGCAAGCCGCUUAUGGCGGCGUACAUGUUCCAGCGUCGUGUGCUGUUCGGUUGCAGCUUGUUGAUGGUGGUCUCGCUCAUUAUGUGGAUUGUAGCCAUUUCAACGGAUCACUGGGUUAUUAUAACCGGUGGAAAAGGCAUUUUCAUACCGGAGACACGUCGAUUUUUUAUGGACUCCCACUCCGGUUUGUGGGUGCAUUGUCGGCACACUAAAACACCUAACGCAUUGCCUACCGCCAAUGUGGUGCGCAACUUCACGUCCAUAGCUUAUGUGAACCCUACAACAUUAUUGGAUGCCAAAUUGAAUGCAUCAGCGCUUGAGUUUGUGCGCGAAUUUAGCGAGGAAAUUGUGGAGAUACCGAUGAAAAAUUUCACAGAGUCCGCUAGACGACGCAUGUUUGCGCAUUGGGUACGUAAUGAUGAGGAAGAGUUUAAGGCAUUCAAAAAAAUCUUUGAAGAUCUUGUAUUGAACACAACAGCCACACAAGCCGAAACCAUACCCAUCAAUGCCAAACCGAUCGCAAUUGAUCCGCUAAAUGUACGCGAAAUAGAGUCACGAAAAAUCUUCGGAACGGCAUUGCAAAAAGUCAGGGUCAAUGCGACAUCUUAUUAUUUUGUUAUACCAGAAGCGGCGCAAUUGGCAAUAUUUGCAGGUUGGAAUGAGAAACCAUUUGUGCCAAAGCUUUUCUGGCCAUAUGUGCGUGAUUUGGGCGUGCCCGCAUUUGUGCUGGAUGACCAUCAGGUGAUAUUGCAACUGGUGCCACCACUGCCACCAAGCAGUGGUCGCGAAGCGAACGGUUAUGUCUAUCAACCGAAUGAACGUUGCAAAUACAUUGAUAUGUUCAGCAAUCCCAAGUCGUUGAACAAAGACCCCGGCAUCGAUAUGGAGCUGAUGGAUUAUAUACGCACACAGGCUUCGUUUGCCUGCAUCACCGUGUUCGUUAUGAGUCUGGGUUCGGUUUUCUCUUUUUACACUUUCAAGAAUCCGCGUUACAUGUUUAAGCGUUUAGCUGGUGGUAUUCACUUGGUUUCCGCCUCCACUGCCGUGGUUGUUAUACAGGUGCUCUUUUCAUCCGUUGAUUACACAAAGAAGCACUUAUUUUACGCUUAUCCCGAAGGUGCUGAACUUACUUAUGGUUAUGGCGUCUACUUAGCGUGGUUUACUUUCAUAGUGAAUUUGGUGUGUGGUCUCCUGUUUAUGUGGUAUUCGGGCAAAAAGAAGGGCGCGAAGGCACCUAACGAUGAAGUCGCAAUGGCAGAUGAGCCCACAAUAAUGGGCAGAUAA